AGGUAUUAAAAAAAACAAAUAUACAAAAUAAACAAAAACUUUAAUAAAUAACAGUUACAAUGACAACCACAACAGAAGAAACGGCCGAAAAUGAUGCAAAACAAAGUACCCAAUCAAACGCUGGCAACAAUACUUCACCCUCCACGCCACCUCUUCCACAAGAAAUUAUGGAUAUAAUGGAAUACUUAAGCUUGAACACCAACAUAAUAUUUAAAUCCCAACAGCGAGAUGAACCCGAAUUACAACAAACCGAAAAAGUUAAAGUGGCUUUAGACGUCUACCAAAGAAAUCCCCAAACGUUUCUUAUACGCUUUGGCAAAUAUUUGGAAGAAAAGCAUUUACAAGAUUUUGCUAGAUUGUCAAUAGCAGAUAGUGACGAGGAAAUGCACUUAAUGGUAAAAGACUAUCAAGGUAAACUAAAAACACGUCAAAGAGAUGUAAAGAACAGACGUUAUGCUGCCUUGCAAAAACUAAUCAAAGAGGGUGAGUAUUUCAGUGAACAAGAAAUGAUGAAACGACAACCUGAACUAUAUCAAGAACUAUGGGGACAGUAUUUAAGCAGCAAAGAAAAGCAACAACGUGAUAGUUAUGAUGUAAGGAAUACAACAUUUUCGGGUAUAUUAAUGCAUAAUUUAGAGCAGAAACAAUUAAAUGAAAUUAUGGAGAAGGCAGGACAACAUAGUGAAGAAACUUCGCCCACAUCAACAUCAGAAGGCGCUGAAAAGGGAGUUUUAGACAAUUUAGAAGAAGUUGAAAUUCCUGCAAACUGCCGCCAGCAAUGGGGUAAUUUUGAUAAUGACCAAAUUGCCUGUUCAUCAAGUAAAAUACAGUUAAAAAAAUCACCUGUCAAAAAGAAAAUAAACCCGACUCCAAUUGAGGAUCUAAUAACGGCCGAUGAAAGAGAACUAUUAAGGCAGGAAUUUAUAAGUCAAAUGCAUCAACAAUUUCUAACGGGGCAAGACGAGGAUUUUGAUUAUGCCACUGUCGAUGAUAAUACUCAAUUCGAUGAUUUAAAUAUAAUAAAUCAAGAUAAAGAAGAUAGGUAUUUCGAAGAAAGUGAUGAUGAUGAUGACCAUGAUAACAAUGUACAGCAGCAACAGAAUAAAAGUAUUCAAAGUCGAUCACCAAAUAAAAUGGAAGAAGAUGACGAAUCCGAAGAUGAGUUAGAUGUUUACAUGUCUCAUUUGAACAAACAUCAUAGUCUACAGAAGUCGAAUUAAGUUGUAGUUUAAAAGUUUUUUUAUUAUUUUUUAUUAUGUUAAACAAAUGUAAUUAAAUUUCUUAUUUUUUAAUUUUACCCAGCAAAUCUUUAUAAGAUCAUUUAAAGGAUUAUUUAAAAUACAACAAUAAAACUACAUAGCAAAUUAAUUAGAAAA